AUGAAUGGGGUUGAGAGAUUUAACGUGGUACCAAUUCCAGAUGGUAUUCAUCUCCAUGAUCCCCUUGUGAGACUUGAUGAAGUCGAUGGAUGUCUAGCUCUGAUAGAUGGGAGAAAACAAAACUACAUGAAGAGGCUAUGGAUUUUGAAGGAAUACGAAAAUCAGAGAUUCAUGGCUUCACCUCAGAUUUCACUCAGCCUAGGCUCAAGUUCAUCCAAGAGUUCUGGCUCCCAUUCGUCCCACAGUUCUGGCUCUAAUUCAAACUCGGGGGUUCAGAGGAUUCCUAAAAAAAGGAAGCGUUGUGGUGUGAGAAGAGAACGUGAUGAAGCUAUUGAAGGGGAUGAAGAUGAUGUCGAUAUAGAAAUAGAUGAAAACCCGGCUGAAAGAUCAUAUGUCUGGUUGCACUUUAGAAAGAUAAAGAAGACAUUCUACGGGAUGAAGGAUGGUAAGAGGGUUGUAGUUGAUGAAAUAGAGAGAGCUCAGUGUGUUCACUGCGAAACUAAUUUUGCUUGUGAUAGUCACUCGAAUGGUACUAUCACUCUCGAGAGACACAUAGAAAUUGUGUGCAAACACUAUCCAGGGAGGGUAGAUAUAGAAGGUGAUCAACAAGUUACCGGGGGUACAAAAGAGUUGGUGAUGGGGAAGUGGACUCAACAAGGUUGCAGGGAAGCAGCGGUGAAGAUGAUAGUCAUGGAUGAGCUUCCUUACAGUCACAUUGAAAAGGAAGGUUUUAAAUAUUUUUGCAGAUACGCGGUGCCUCAUUGGAAAGUUCCUUCUAGGAGGAUUCGGGUUGGAAAAUGCAUGCAAAAAAGAAUUCUGAGUUUUAAGGUGAUUCCUAACCAUCAAGGCACUAGCAUCGGGAAGUUGUUGGAGGACUGUUUACUUGAGUGGGAAGUGGAGAGAGUCUUGACUAUUUUAGUGGAUAAUGCGAGUGCAAAUAAGGUAGCAAUUGACUAUAUCAGGGAAAAGAUGUUAGGGUGGGAGAAAGAACUGGUUUUAGGCGACAAGUUCUUGCAUGUUUGGUGCCUUGCACACAUUUUGAACCUCAUUGUUAGAUUAGGGCAUGAAAUGAUGGGAGAUUCUGUUGCUUCAAUUAGGAAUGCAGUGUGGUAUGUCCGGAGCAGUGGACAAAGGCUUGAAGUUUUCAAAAUGUGUUUGGAGAAGGAACUCUACUUAUCUAAUGUUUGGAGAAGGAACUCUAAAUGUGUUUGGAGAAGGAACUCUAAGAAGGUUUGCAUUCUCGAUGUACUGACAAGGUGGAACUCUACUUAUCUAAUGUUAUCCACUGCAUUAGAGCUGAGGAAGGCCUUUGAUAGAAUGGUAGAAGAUGAGGAACAUAAGUACUAG